AUGUCAUGGAUGAGCGCGCUGCGUUCCUAUAUUGCUUCGCCACCACACAUCAAGCAGCGAACUGGCAGUGAUAUUUUUCGACAGGUAGCACGUGCCCAUCUCCUGGGGCCCUUAGGGCACACUAUACACCCUUGCAGUGUCCUCGUUUUGCGGCGUUUACGAUGGGAAAUAAUGAGGUAUGGAACUUCAGGGCAGAAGGCGCAGGCGCUCGAAACUAUUUUGGCAUGCUACGGUGACGCUGAUCGGGCACAUGCACACGAUGCGGCUGGUUUGGAGGCCAGCCAACACAUGCUGACGUUGGAACAGCUGCAGUGCGUCGUGGAGGCUCAGGUUAUGGGGAUCCCCCUGCGUGCGGACCACUAUCGAUUUCUUUUUCAGUCUUCCCAGUUAUCUCAACUUGGGGUGGAGGUUCCUCUCUUGCUUCUAAAGGAGGUGCAGGGAGUUGGAGUUCCGUUGACAGAUGAUGCCUUGGUUGAUUUCAGUGUUGGGCUCACCUCUUCCGGUCAUUGGCGGGAGGCGUUACAAGUUUUACCUCGUGGGCAUUUACUGGAGCUAGUGGAGCGCGUUGCUUCCGUUCAACGCCAGGGGUGGCGCCGGUCCUGCUCUCUUGUCGCGCACGUUAAAGAAAACAAUAUGGUAGGAUACGAUGAAGAUACGUGCAAUGCCGUGCUAUCAGCACAUGUGCUUCAAUGGAAGGCCGUGCGCGAUCCCUUCAACUGGGAACAAGUAAACCAGUUUGUGCGCGUAUUCAGUAAUACUGGAAGGCCUUGGCCGAGGCGUGCUCUCCAUUAUUAUCUUUUGCACUGCCCCACGGAACAGUGGCGACAGGCCGUUGAAUUAGUACGAGGUGUCAUUCCUAUGGUUGAAAAUAUUUCGUGUCAGGCGUUAGGAAGGCUAAUGGCUCUUCUAAACGAAGGAUGCCAGUGGGAAAGCUCCCUUUUCCUGUAUCAGAGGUCAUCAUUCUCGCCCCCUUUGAGUGAGCAGCGGUGCGUUCCCGUUCAAAAUCAAGUCCUUAUUGCCUUAGCUAAGGGGGGUCUUUGGAAGGAGGCGGUUGCCAUGUACACCAAAAUGUCUGCAAGAAACAACCACACGUACACUUUGUGGUUGAAUGUUGUUCUGUUAGAGGGCCAUGUUCCCUUCGCCGCCACAUGGAGGAAUUGCGUUGAAGCGUACCGUCACGCCCCUUCUUGUAACGACCGCUUUGCGGUUGCUAUGGCUUACGAUUUGGGGAAAAUGGGCAAUUGGCUUAUGUCGCUCACUGUGGCUCAGGCGGCGCCGAAAUGGACUUCGCAGGUCCUUCCUAUUGCUAUUGCUGCGGCUGUGCUCUCUUCGGGUUCCUGGGAGACCGUGUGGCAAAUAGCCUCAGAAUUCGCUUUGUCCCGCCACGUGAGCUCCGUGAAGCAAACAUGUGCUGUGUUAGCAAUAAUUGCAUGCUGCACAAGGGAUCCCCCGAGUGCUGUUUCAGGUCUUAUCGCGGAUGCGCUGCACAGUUGUGUGAAGUCGCAGCGGCAGUUCGAUGAAUCUGCGCACUACAUGAGUAAGUAUAUGGCACUACUUCUUCACCCUCCAACGCUAAUUGGGACUAAGGCAAACCUGCCUCCCGCCAUUAGUCUGUUGUUGGCUACGGCGGGGGACUUUGGUAAUGCGAAGGAGUGCUGGGUUUUUGCACUUUCUGUUAUGCAGAGUAUGUCCGCCAAGGGAUGGUCUUUGGCCGCCGUUGCCCCGGUCAUGCUCUCUUCUGGAUUUGAUGCCUCGGUAGCCAUACACUUUCUUCCGGCUUAA